AGCAGGCCCAGGCCUGUCCCUGGCCUCUGUCCCAAGGGAGGCGCUCCAGUCGCCCUCGCUGCCUGCCACAGGACCCGCCGCAGGAGCUCCGUGUCCCUCCCGUCCUGAGGAGCUCGGAAUGGACACAGCACUCCAGUGUUGUGUCCUCACUAAGGCAGGAUCACCUCCCUCGAUCUGCAAUUGCACACCUUAGGCCUUGACUCCAAGGCACAGCUGGGACACGCACGCUCCACCUUUAGGCUUUUUCAAUUGACAUAGCGGCAGUUUCGCAGGGCGCCUCGGCCCUGACCGCUGACCGCCCCGCCCCGCCCCGGCCGGCGCCUCACACGCGUGCGCGGGCGGCGGCCAUGGCGGCCAUGGCGGCGGCGCUGCUGCGGGCCGGCCGCGCCUCGGCCCUGCGGGGAUCGCUGCCGCCGCUGAGGGCGGCCCCGGCGCUCCUGGUUUGCAGGCUGAAGUCAUCUGUCAGCUUUCUUACUCGGCCAGAUCGACCAAAUAUUGCUUAUCAGAAACUUAAAGGGAGGAAUCCAGGGGUUAUUUUCCUUCCAGGCUUCAAUUCAAAUAUGCAUGGUCAGAAAGCAACUGCCCUUGAAGAUUUCUGCAAAUCAUUAGGUCAUGCCUUCAUCAGAUUUGACUAUACAGGAUGUGGAAGUUCACAUGGUAAAUUUGAAGAGUGUACAAUUGGGAAGUGGAGAAAAGAUGUUCUGUCUAUACUGGAUGAACUUACAGAUGGACCACAGAUUCUGGUGGGCUCCAGCAUGGGUGGAUGGCUGAUGCUUCAUGCUGCAAUAGCACGCCCAGAUAAAGUAGCUGCUCUGGUUGGAGUAGCUGUAGCAGCAGAUCACGUUGUAACAACUUUUAAGGGGCUUCCCAUUGAGGCACAAAAAGAAAUAGAAGAAAAGGGUGAGUGGAAGUACCGAACAAAGCACAAUGAGACAGGCUAUUACUCCUUGACCUAUGACUUCAUCAGAGAAGCAGAAAACCACUGUGUGCUGAAUAGUCCUAUUCCUGUGACGUGUCCUGUACGCCUUAUCCACGGCAUGGAGGAUGGUGAUGUCCCCUGGCAGAUCUCCAUGCAAGUUGCUGACCGUGUUCUGAGCAAGGACGUGGAUGUUAUCCUCCGCAAAAUCGGCCAGCAUCGGAUGAGUGACAAGGAGGAUACAAAGCUCCUUGUGAAUACUGUUGAUGAUCUAAUUGACAAGCUGUCAACAGUAGCAUAAGCUGAAGAGUAGCAUUAGUGCAUGAACUCUGCACCUGACUCUUUUCCUUGAGUAACAGAAGCCUUGUUCUUACCCAGAUGGUGGCAGGCCUGCAACUGUCACAGUAGGAACUGAGCUUUAUCUGCUGUUUCCUUACCUCUGUUCCGUAAAUACAGGUAUUGUAUUAUUGCUGCAUUUGCACACAGUCCAAAGUGUGAAGGAGUGCUGCUAUUGUGUUCAGAACCUCUCCUUCACCACUUUAACCAUUUUUUUCACAAAUUUCCUAAAAUUUUGUACUGACUUGUUGAUUACUUUUUGUUACUAUUGGGCUGUACAGUAAAACUUUAUUUUCACAACUUUGACACCUAUUGUUGUCCUUCUGCUGUAACAUCAUUGUAUCUUAUGUCUGAAACCAUCUGUGCAAGGCAAAAUACAACUUGAGUGUUUACUGAAGUUAGUUGUUAGAAUAGUGAGUACCAUGAAACACAAUAAAUAUUUCAGAUAAAUGGUUAUCUUGUUCUGAAAUGCUGUUAAAAAGUGGAAGGCACACCCUGAUGGUGUGCUUGGGGUACUACAUAGGGAAGAAUUUGACUUAAGAAUGCUGGGCCUCAAAGCCUUAAGAGUUCUUUGUCUGUGCUUAUAAGAGUGUGUGUCAUCUUCUCCAGGCUGCCUGUCACUGUUCAUUUGUGGGCCUACUGUUAAGGGAACAAUAAAUAAUCUUGGUGUAAACUGAAA